UUCAGGUUUGCGAAAUCUUCGGCCAUUUUGUGCAGUCCGAGCAAACCGCGGUGGACAAAUUUCAAUCUUUCGACGUUUUUUCUUGCUCAAGAGCGCUCGUUAGACCACGAAAAAUAACGACUGUCGCCGAGAGUUUCAGAGGUUUAGGUGUUUAGGGACAUUCAGUAAUCAGAAAUGGCUGAUUUUGACCAGUUCAGUGCGGAGCCAACCCACGAAUCGUACGACAACGAUUUCGAGCGGUUGGAGCCCGAUUCCGCGGAGGGGAAGAUGGCGGGAGAAAACCCCGAGGAAGAUCUGUACUCGGCAGACCCGUCUCAGGUUCCAACGGGCGAGCUAUUGUCCUUCGGUGACAACCCACCGACGACAGAAACAUCCCAAGGUGGAUUCGAUGCGGGUUUCGGGAAUCCCAUCCCAGAGGCCGCGCCCGAUUCGACGAGUUACGAGCCCGACAGCACGCCUCAAGCCCCGAGCGAUCCGUGGGCGGCUGACCCCGUGGAACCAGAGCCUACAGCGCCUGCCGCCCCGGUACAAACGGAGCCUGAACCAUCAGAACCAGUCAAAGAAUAUGAACCAACACCAACCCCACCUAGCUCACCGGCAUUUGGUGCCCUGAUUGAUCCCUCCAAGAUCGACCCUAGAGAAGGAUUAUCCGUGGUGGAGCUGAUCUACUGGCGAGACCCUAAGAAGACGGCCCCAGUCUUUGCCAGCGUUCUCCUGGUCCUGCUGGCCCUCAGCAUGUGUUCCUUCAUCAGUGUGGUUGCGUAUCUUCUCCUGGCUGUUAUGACUGUUACGAUCAGUUUCCGCGUCUACAAGACUGUCAUGCAGGCUGUGCAGAAGACUGGCGAAGGAAACCCCUUCAAGGCCUACUUGGAUCAGGACAUGACUCUGUCCAAAGCCCAGAUUGAGAAGUACACUGACAAGGUGAUUGAUCACAUCAAUGCUCACAGUGGCUGCCUGCGACACCUGCUGCUAGUGGAAGAUCUCGUUGACUCUAUCAAGUUUGCCGUUGUGCUGUGGCUGUUGACCUACGUGGGAGCCUGGUUCAACGGACUCACUCUGGUCAUGCUGGCCUGGAUUGACCUGUUCACUCUGCCCAUUGUGUACGAGAAGUACCAGGUACAGAUUGAUGAAGCAGUCGGCAAGGCACACACCCAGAUCAAUACCGUCAUUGCCAACAUCAAGACCAAGAUCCCCUGGUUGAAGAAGAAAGAGGAGUAAAUCAACCUCCUUCCCAGAGCCGUGUUCUCUUGAUGUCAACGUCAAGACACGAUCAAGUACAGCAGCAUGUUAUAUGAGGCAUGAUUGUAUCAACAGCCACCAAGCACUAUAAGAAAAAGAUUACAAAACACAGACCAGCUUAUCUCCAUAAAAAAAAAUUAAGAAAAAUCAAGUAAUACUAAAUAUGCAUUGAGAUACAUGUAAAGAUAAAAUAUAUAAGAUCAAAUGUAAAACUCCACAGGCAACUUACUAGGUGUUGAGUGUAAUAUUGUCUUGCUAAGCGAAGAUGACAUUUCUGGUAACGCAGUAAAAUAUUGCUUACGUCCUACGACAAAAUAAAAACAUUGCUCGAUGGAAAUCAAGUUUCAAAAUGUGGGUGAUGUUGUUCUGUCGGUAUGCCGCGCUCCCAGUUAAAACACAGUGUGCAAGUGAAUUAUAAAAUACUGAUCGGAAUGUCCAUGAUUGUCAUGAAAUUAGCUUACAAGCCGAAACGAUCUGUUUUUUGUAUAUAAAGGAUGCGACCAGAAAUAAUUGGCAAAUCUUUAGACCGAACUCACAAAUAACUGGUGUGCUAAUUUUUUAAGAUGGUAUUGGGGUGGUUUUUGUUUGUUUACAUUUUUAAAGCAAAAGCACUUAUGAAUCAUUUUCGUUACAGACCUGCGAAAGAAAGUUUUAUUCCAUUAAAAAUUGAGUCACCAAAGUUUUUGCCAGUAACAAGAGAAGAAUUUCUUAUAAAGUAAUACGCACUUUGAAAACUAGAAAUUAAACACAUGCAGUUCAGGAAAAAACAAUGACGGAUGAAUCGUCAAAAGUGUCGGAUCAAAUUUAAAACAUCUGCAAAACAUCAGCUAUUUGUGAGACCAACGUGCUUAAAAAAUGUUGGGUAGCAGUUUAAGCAUUGCAAACAUAGCGUACGGUGAUUUUCAAAUUUCUCAAUUUCAAGAUACUGCCUCAUCUGUACUGUGUGUAGAAGUUGUGCUGUGCGUUUGGCAUCAUCUUUUGAUCGUGGGACAACAUUGCUGUUUUGUGCUGGCCAGUGUUAAGCUUUUGAUGUGUACAUCUUAAAUGCCUCUCUUUGAUAAAAACAGGAUUGUAAAACUGCUGAACAUUCAACACUCUUGAAAACAAGAAAUUAUCUGUGAAUAAUGAUUCAAAAUCGCUGGAGCAAUCGAUAAAGAUUGCCUUCCGCAAGUGUGUAUGUGUAAAGUAAUCGUAGGCAUGUCAACAUGAUUAAUAUUGAUAUAACGCUAAUAUUACAAGUUUUAAAAGAAGAAAAAAACACUAAAUAUUGAGAUUGCUGGUUGCAGCAUUAUUUUGUACAGAGGAUGUUCAGUGUUAUUCAUGUAUCAUUUGAUUGAGUGCAGUAAUGGUUUACAAGGUAUAGCCAUAUCUGAAUGGAGCUAAUGGCUUACGGCUUUGCCAUACUUUCACCAAAGUGUGUAUCCAUAGCCGUACACAGAAAUUGCCCGAUUCGGAUAUGGCUUAACACCGACCUGCAGCCAUUUUGUCUUGUACCCUGAAUUCUCUAACCAUUCAGUGUCAUCACAGCACAGGUAUCAGCCUAUUUUACACUGAGGCUGCCUCUUCGUGAGGCUACGUCCGUAUAACUUGGCUUUCAGUUACACUUGCGGCUAUGGACACGGCUGUGGCUACUUCCCAUAGAUGCGUGUGUUACUACAAGCCGUAGCCAUGUCAUUUGGAUGCAGCCGAGUCUCAUAAACUUCUUAAUUUUCAAAAUGGCUGCAGCAUGAUCAGUGAUAUGACAGUUGUAAUCGUAGCUACAUGGCAGAACCAUGUAUUGAAGAGUUUGGAUUUUGCUAAUUUUUUCUUAUUCAUCAUCCAAUAUUGUCAUAAAAACUAGGAUACAUAAUUCAAGUUGUAGAAUAGUAGUCCAAGUAUUAGUAGUCUGUAAAUCGCCCGUAAAAAUUGUUCAAUAAAUCUCAUUAAGAGUACAUGUAGGUAGCAGAACACGUGAAAUUGUGUGUACAGCCAAUGUUAUGUGAUUGUGACAGUAUAUUGUACCUUCAAUCAAAUUGUCAUGAUUGUGUUGCCUUGCAGACUAGAUUUCGACUGGACAAUUUAUUGAAGUAGAGGUUAUUGUAAACUCUGCAUUCCUUUGUCUGAAUGAACAAAUAUUUGCAAACAUUUUAAUCCUCUGUUCCUUUUUUUACGUUGCGAAGUGCAGCAUAAAUGAUGUUUCCUAUACACAAUUAUUUACUACUUGAUGCAACAUACGGAGUACCAAAACCUAUAGCCAGUCCUAGUCGAGUUUAAUUAUUCCAAUUUUGAUAAAAACUUUUUCAUUGGCUUUGUUUAUUGUAAUUUCUUAGCAGGAACCUUUUUGCCAUUAAUUUGCGGAUAGCUUUAAUAAAGGCAGGUUGUUCAAUAUUCAUGUUUCUAAGUAAGUGCAGUAUAAAGGUAAAUGAAGACUGUUUCAAUAUUGUAUUCUCGUGUAAGUAAGUAUCGAAACGGAACGGUUUGUCAAAAAAGAGGGUUUUUUUAUGGUGGAGCAACUCUGUCUUUGGUGACUAGAGUUUGCUCUUUGUCUGGGUCAUUUGCCAAAAGCUGGCUUCAUUUCAGGUUCAGCACCAAAAUGGUUUAUUAUAAAUAAAACAAAUAUGAGCUUCUAUUGCUCAAACAAAAUGACCUCAUAGUAGAUUUGGUGUUCAGUACCAGGAAAUGCCUGUGUAGUGAUCCGAAAUAGUGAAACUGGAGGCUGAAGCCGAAGUGCAUAUGAAGCCAUGAUUUGGAAACACCCAUCCUUCAAGAAAUAUGUAAUUUGUUGUAAGGUGUUCCGUUAUUCCCGUAGACACGAUAACAUGACCUUCCUAACUUACAAGAGAAAAUCAUAAAAUCAUCCAGUUCAUUGCAAAACACUUUUUUGUGAUAUUCAACAUCGCAUCAACACCAUGGUUUUUUUUACAUUGAGAAUCUGAAUGUAACAGUCGUUGUGACAAUCCUUUUGUUCGUUUUUGUAGGUCAUGCUUGCCAUAAAAUGCAGUUUUUGUUUUAUAAGUUGCUAUUUGCUAAGCAUUUUGGUUUAAAACUUGCAACUUACAUGGUCUUGCAUCUCAGUGCAAAUAUUAGUGUGCUUUCAUUUUUUUUUUAAAUCAAUAUGUUAGCAACUCUUCAGCAUAGCACCAAAGGGAGUUGAAAAUUUUUAAACUUAAAGUUCUAUCCCUGAUAAUAGUGCAAUUUUCUGGAAUUGAAAAUUCUGAUUUCUCUGGGUUUGAUUUCUAUAAAUUGUUUAAAAAAAAAAAAAAGCUCUGUAAAUAUUUAAAAUGUAGCAGAGUGACUUUUUUCCUUAUUACUAGUGCACAUUAUUGUGCUCAGAAAUCCAAAGUAAUCUUAGAUUAGAAAAGUAGACGCCUUGUAAAGUUGCUGCUUUUGCAUGACUUUUUGUAAUAUUACUUGAAUGUACCUCUGGAAGUCCGUGUUGUUUGAAUGUUGAACCUUUUCCCGUUUACAAAAAAAAGCACAAGUCGAUGAAUUCAUCAGGAAUAUAUUGGAUACUCAACUUCGAAUGAUUAGCCUGUCGCAAACUGAAUGCGUCAAUUAAUAGUACAGACGUGAUUUUAUUUUCUACUAGCCAUUUCUGUAACAUUAAAGGGUUGUAUGUUUUAAAUCGUACAAGGGUGCAUAUACACCAAUUCGUGCACACUAUCACCAUACAUUCACGAGGGCCCCCAUCAAUGGCGACAGCAUUAUGCUAGCUAUUGUACAAAGCAACUGCCCUAUGAUGGAUUAUCUGAACAGUGGUAGUGUGCUUGGAUUGGUCAGAAGAUGUAGAAAUUUCAUAUUUUCUCUGAUUUAUUGGCAGUUUUCAAUUCUCAUAAUUAAGUCUGAUAAUUAAGAGUACAGCGCUUUGAUAUUAAAUAGGGCCAGUCAAUAAAAACUUGCACCGAUUAAAAAAAGAUGUUAAAAAUAUAUGCCAGUCAACUGGUUGUGGCAUUUGUAAAAAAAAUAUAUAUCAUCAUGUGAAAUUAACAAUGCUGUUCUUUCAUUUGGUGCAAAUUUGUGAAGGUUUGUCCAAUCAGCUGUAGUCAAAUGAUAUUACUUUGUUUAAGAGUAUCAUGUGUAUGACGUACAUACCCUUAGUGUUUCAAGAAAUGUUUAACAGUAUUCAGGCAUGUUCAAUUAAUGAAGAUAACAUUUCAUAAAAAUGACAUUUUUAUGUUUCUAUUGUUAUUUGAAAUGAGCUGUGGAAGUGACUUAUAAGUUUAUAAGUUUUGAGAUUUAUAUUGUAAUUUUUGGAGAUUGUUGCAUAAUGGAAAUCUUUCAGUAGUUGAGAAUUGCUUGUUAACCCAAUUUUUUUUAUUUUUUUCCCCUUUUUUGGUUUAAGACAAUUGUGCUGGUAAGAGAAAGACAAUGUAGAAAACAAUUUAGAGUGAUUAGGUUUUUGCAUUUGGCAUUCCCUCGCAGUGUGAUGCUGUAUUAAUUACAAAAUUAAAUAAAAACGUGACUGUUAAAGCCCAACAA